AUCGUCUUGGAACAGUUUUGAUUGAUGACAUGUUCCUAGUGUUAAUAAUUCUGCGUUUGCUGAUGGUUGUCGAUGCGGAAAAACUCGAUACUAGCUUGUGCAAAAAACGUUACAAUAUCGAUUGCAAGCUACGAAAAAUUAAAUGGUUUCAUAACCCAACGGUUGGUAUUUGCCUGCGCAGACUGACUUGUCGAAGCGGAUUUGAUUAUCGAUCCGAAUGCGAACACAAUUGCAAUUUCCCUCAAAAGAAGAAGCUAAACGAAUCAUCCAAAAUACUUCAAAUGAUAGAUAGGAUGUUGCUGAAAUAUAAAGAAAGUGAAAGGAUAAAAAAACUGAAAACAACGAAGCGUCCAAAGCCCUCGCCAACCUCUUCAAUGGUUACAUCGACCGCUUUAUUAUCAGUUACUACUCCAGAGGUUUCUACGACUGUUGUGGAUAAUCCAGAUCUGGAAACCACGGCAUCAUAUCAGGAGGAAACUACUGUAGAGUACUCUAUCGAAGGAUACAGUAGCACUACAACACUAAGUCCACAAUUGAGUACUGAAAUACGUAGAAAUACCGUUAAAAAGAAAAAAAUUAAUGUAGUAGUGAUAGGAUCUAAUCUGACCACAAAAAAGAGUAUCAUUUCCCAAAUUAUAGGAUGGGGAAAAAAUAAAGGAUAAACUAUUU